GGCGUGGCAGGGAUGGCCGGUCUAUUUUGUCAUUAUAAUGACCGUCCGCCAUUUGGUUAUCGGCUGUACAGACCCGAAAAGAGCAUCGGCACGCCGUCAGGUACUCUCUGCGUAUCGCUUUGCCUUCUUCUGUUCCUGUAUCUGUCAUAUGCUCUGGCUCUCUGCAUUGGUGGCGUCUAAGGUUCACUCCUUCGUCCAAUCACCUAAGCUCUGGUACCUGUGUCCGUACGGUGUCACGUUUCCACUUUUGAAUCAGCCCACACAGGGACUCGGAGCCCUUGAGGCUGGACUGUUUACCUUCCUCCAAUGGGAUUCUGGUGUUGCUGCAGUGGCCACGAUUGUGUGGAGCACUGAUCAUUACAUCCAAGAACGCCACCGGGCUGGAUUGGAGAUCAACAAAUUUAGGCUGAUGCAACAGUUGCUCGGAUGGAUGGUGAUCGAUGGCCCCUCAGCUACGGCUGUUAGACUCGCCUGGGAAUCGGAAGGAUGCUCGUAUGUGC